AGCGACCUGUGGAGAGAAAGACUGCUGUUGAUCCAAUUGUCAAGGCGUAAUUCCUAUCAGUGGGAGAAUUAUACAGCCCUUUCGUCGCUGUUGAUGUUGCGCUCCAUAUUAACCCCGAGCUGCCCCUCCUACUCCGUGCUCCGGACUACACUCCGAAGCAUUAUCCCUCUUCACUCAUCAAGAUCAUUCUCAAGCAGUGUCAGCGCCAUGAGUAACCAGACUCAAAAGCUCAAACCCGCGGCUCGGGUCCAGGGCCAGAAGAAGGAUGUUUGGUCCAUGAUCAAUGAGGCUGCUGCGUCUUCACCUAUCCAGCCUAUUGUGAACCUGGGUCAGGGUUUCUUUGGUUACAACCCCCCUGACUUUAUUCUCAACGCUGCCAAGGAGGCUUUGGAUCGUGUUGAGUGUAAUCAGUAUGCGCCUGCUAAGGGACGACCGCGGUUGAGGAAGGCUCUUGCGGAUGCGUAUUCACCAUUGUGGAGUCGCAAUUUGGACCCUGAGACUGAUAUUAUUAUCACAACUGGUGCUAAUGAGGGUAUGCUGAGUGCGUUCAUGGGUUUCAUUGAGCCUGGUGAUGAGGUUAUUGUGUUUGAGCCAUUCUUUGAUCAAUACAUUAGCAAUAUUCAGAUGCCCGGCGGCAAGGUCGUCUAUGUUCCCCUUCAUCCUCCCGAGACAGGAGCCACAAAGAACUCUUCAGCCGCAGACUGGACAAUUGACUUUGACGAGCUAGAGAAGGCCUUCACACCCCGCACCAAGAUGAUUGUCAUCAACACUCCCCACAACCCUGUGGGCAAGGUUUUCCACAAGGACGAGUUACAAAAGAUUGCCGAUCUUGCUGUCAAGCACCAGACUAUUAUUCUCUCGGAUGAGGUUUAUGACCGUCUUUUCUACGUGCCGUUUACGCGAAUUGCAAAUCUUUCUCCUGAGGUGGACAAGCUCACUCUCACUGUUGGAUCUGCUGGAAAGAACUUUUAUGCCACUGGCUGGCGUGUUGGCUGGUUGAUUGGUCCCCCAGAGCUGAUCCAGCACGUCACUGCCGCUCACACGCGUAUCUGCUUCUCAACACCCGCCCCCUUCCAAGAAGCCGCCGCCAUUGGUUUCGAGCAAGCCGACAAGAACGGUUUCUGGGAUGAGACCAUCAAGGAGAUGAAGGCCAAAGUCGACCGCCUCAACGAGGUAUUCGAGGAACUCAAUCUACCCGUGACAUACCCCGAGGGCGGUUACUUCCUGCUCGUCAACAUGGCCAAGGUCAAGCUACCAGAGGACUACCCCUUUCCCCCUCACGUCGCAAGCCGGCCUCGCGAUUUCAAGCUGGCGUGGUUCCUCAUCCAGGAGAUUGGUGUUGCAGCUAUUCCUCCUACAGAGUUUUAUACUCCGAACAACGCGCACUUGGCGGAGGAUUAUAUCCGAUUUGCUGUGUGUAAGAAUGAUGAUAUCUUGGAGCAGGCUAAGGAGAGGCUAAGGGGGCUGAAGAAGUACAUUCAAGAGUAGAGCGGGUUAGGAGGAAGGAAAGUUAAAGAGUCGGAGCAUGGCUAGAUUAGACGGGUUUCGUAGAUUUCACGGUAGUUUUCUGAGCUUUAUGUGCAGUUGGUUGGUAUCUCAGUCCUCCUGAUAUGUGCAUGAGUUUAUGAGAUAGACUACAUACAACCAGGGUGUGAGGUACUCCGGUUGCCUUUCUAUCUUAUCUGGAUAUCUGGGAACUGUGUUCGAGUCCGAGAAAAUAGUACAAGAACGAGAGUAUUUCUCUUGAUCAUCUUGCAGCUGCUGUAUAUACAGUUCACCGCUAUAUUCAGAAUAUCUAUCGUCUUGUCUCUGAACUCC